ACGUUUUGAAAACAGAUGAGUGAAGAAGGGAACGAAGACCAGAAGCUGCAGCGACCUGCUCCUCGUCUUAACGAGAGGAUUCUCUCAUCCUUGUCAAGACGUUCUGUAGCUGCACAUCCAUGGCAUGAUCUUGAGAUUGGACCUGGAGCUCCACAGAUUUUCAACGUGGUUGUGGAGAUCACAAAAGGAAGCAAGGUCAAAUAUGAACUUGACAAAAAGACAGGACUCAUCAAGGUUGAUCGUAUUAUGUACUCAUCAGUUGUGUACCCUCACAACUACGGUUUUGUUCCUCGCACAUUGUGUGAAGACAAUGACCCAAUUGAUGUAUUAGUCAUCAUGCAUGAACCUGUCCUUCCCGGUUGUUUCUUGCGUGCCAGAGCCAUUGGAUUAAUGCCUAUUAUUGAUCAGUUAGUCUUUGCUGUCAAUGUGAGUGUUGAAACCGUGAAAGUGGAUGAAGAUGAUGACCAUUACGAUAGUGACUCUUCCAGUGGAUCGUCUGCUUACGAAGAGUUUCUUGACCAGAAUCAGAUUUAA